AUGAUUAAAAAAAUAUUUAGUAAAUAAUAGGAUUAAUUCAAUAGUUUGAAAUGCAGGAUAGACCUGAUUAUACAAUAAUUUGUAAUUAUUGAUAAGUGAUUGCUAAAAUGAUUAAAGAUAUUUUAGAAGUAAUUUUAUGUAAUUCAGGCUUCUUAUCAGAAAAGGUUAGAUAAGCAGUGUGUUAAUAAGGCUCAUAGAAGUUAUCUUAAUGGAGAGUGGGUUCAAUGCAGGAUUUUAUUAAGAAUAUUAUGAAUGUGAGACCAGCUGAAAAUUCAAUAAUUCAGUUAUAGAAAGAGCAAGUAAUUCAAAAUUAUCUCUAUCCAAAAUGA